AUGAUUGAUGCCAUAUAUGUCACCAAUGCCGCUCAUAGUCUAGUGUACGAAUACUCGAGCAAGCUAUCAGUACCUCCGUUCCAGUCGCUUCUUCCGAAAAUCAAAACUUCACAUCUCGAGACCACCAGCAGCAAGACCUUGCAGAACCAAACAUUCAAAGUCGCAUUAAACUCCAGCUAUGUCUUGGUUGUUCACAAGUACCUUUCGCUAAACUUGAUCUUGCUAUGUUCAAACGACAUUGAGUCCAACCCCGCUAUUCCAUACACUUUCAUCUCCAGAUUUCUAGAGACGUUGGAGGAUUAUUUUGGCGAAUUGAAUGGCUCGAAAAUUGAGACCCAUAACGACAUGGUUACUCUUCUUCUAUACCAGAUGUUGGACGAUGGCUCGCCUCAUAUAACUGAUUUCAACAAGAUUCGAGAUUUGGUAAGCCACAACUCGUUGCUCACUAAGAUUUUGAACGAGGCGCAGAGGCAAACGGGGUUCAAUCAGAGUGAAGCUAAACAAAGCUUUUCCAACGAUGUUCCGUGGAGAAGAGAAGAUGUGAAAUAUACCAAUAAUGAAAUCUAUGUGGACAUAGUGGAAAAGAUUAGCCUACUUGUCAAGCCAAUUGUUAAGCGAAAUAACAAACUAGAGCAAUUUGAUUCGGCAUUUUAUUCAAGCAAGAGUGACAAGAGCCUGGAAAAUUACGUUUUGAAUGGCCAUGUCGAUGGGAAAAUUGACCUUGUUUGCAGGUUGACGGGGGCGCCUACACUUGAGUUGGUGUUGAACAAAGUAGGCUCCAAUAUGCAAUUGCCUACUUUACACAGAUGCAUCAACCAUGACUUGCUCAAAGAACGUCGAGGUGUGUUGUCUUUUAUCCCACCCGAUGGCAAGUCUACAUUGAUGGAGUACCAAGUCGAUUUGAACACGUUUAAAAGUAACAGAGAAAAGACCAAUUUGAUCAAACUGAGCUCGAUCGAUGUGCAAUUCAUCACCAAUGAGUUCUCGUCGGAGUUUGAAAUUAGACUAUUUCCAGCGCAAUCGAUCAAUAAAGUCGACUACAUCAAAGUCCAUAUAGUUUGCGCCGAUGGCGAGGACCAGAUCAAAGUCAAUCGAAUCACUCACGGGGAUUUCCAAACCAAGAUAUCGGGAAGCCACGAAUGGAGCAUGCAGGAUGUGAAAAAGGGGGUGACGCCUAUCUUGAGCGGUGUUGUCAUGCAAGCGGGCAGUAAAAGAGACGAGCGAGACGAGCGAGACGAGCAAGACUCGAAUGGACAAACUCAAUCGUCGUAUAAGAGCCCACCGCAACAUCUUAAAUUAGAAUUCAGCUACAAAGGCCAAGUGCCUAGCGGAUUGAAAAUCGAGAGCUUGAAAGUCGUCAACGCAAGAGGCAUGGCUCCAAAUGUCAAGCCUUACAAAGGCGUUAAAUAUAUUACCAACUCAGGCAGUUAUAUAAUAAGAUCCUGA